GAAAGCGGCUUUUCAAAGUUUUACGCUUCCGUUAAAUCUGGGGCAACUGUUGUUAUAUGCUCAGAAUUAUAUUUCAAUUAAUAUUUUAGCCCAAUUAACAUGUAAAAUAUAAAGUAUACGUUAUUUUAUUGUGACUAUGAAAAGUAGAAUGAAGUACGCUAAAAACAUUCUUGGCCAGACGUCAAUGACCAACAAAGAAUUACAGUAAAGUCAUGAGUUCUAUUCGGGUCAUUCCUUUGGGUGCCGGGCAAGAUGUUGGUAGGAGUUGCAUUCUUGUCACUCUGGGUGGCAAAAAUAUUAUGUUCGAUUGUGGAAUGCAUAUGGGCUAUAACGAUGACAGAAAAUUUCCUGACUUCACUUACAUUACCGACAAAGGGGGUCUCAAUGAGUACCUGGAUUGUGUAAUUAUUAGUCAUUUCCAUCUCGACCACUGUGGAGCUCUUCCUUAUAUGACCGAAGUAAUAGGCUACGAUGGUCCAAUCUAUAUGACUCAUCCUACCAAGGCAAUUUGCCCGAUACUUUUGGAAGAUUAUCGUAAAAUCAAUGUUGAGAGGAGAGGAGAUCAAAACUUUUUCACUUCUGAUAUGAUAUAUCGGUGUAUGACGAAAGUUAGGUGUGUGUACAUACAUCAAACAGUCAAAGUAGAUGAUGAGCUCGAAAUACAGGCAUUUUAUGCUGGCCACGUUCUGGGAGCAGCAAUGUUUCUUGUACGCGUAGGAACAAAUUCUGUCUUGUAUACCGGCGAUUACAACAUGACACCCGAUAGACAUCUUGGUGCAGCUUGGGUUUCUCGUUGUCGUCCAGAUCUUCUCAUUACGGAAAGCACUUACGCAACGACAAUACGAGAUUCAAAACGUACAAGAGAACGGGAAUUUUUGGAAAAGAUACAUGCUCGCGUUGAGGCUGGCGGUAAAGUCUUGAUCCCUGUCUUUGCCUUAGGUCGAGCUCAAGAACUUUGUAUAUUGCUUGAAACAUAUUGGGAAAGAAUGAAUAUUUCCGUCCCAAUAUACUUCUCCAUGGGAAUGGCUGAAAAAGCUAAUGAGUAUUACAAGUUGUUUAUCUCGUGGACUAAUCAAAAAAUCAAGGAGACAUUUGUAAAACGAAAUAUGUUUGACUUCAAACAUAUAAAGCCUCUUGGGCAAGGGACAGUCGAUAAUCCAGGACCAAUGGUAGUCUUCGCCACACCAGGUAUGCUUCACGCUGGACAAUCUUUGCAUAUAUUUCGUAAAUGGGCUUCAGAUGAAAGAAAUAUGGUUGUAAUUCCAGGAUAUUGUGUUGCUGGGACUGUGGGUUACAAGAUUUUAAAUGGAGUCAGGCGUCUUGAAUUUGAUAAACAAGUUUUAGAAGUGAAAAUGGCAGUUGAAUACUUAUCGUUCUCAGCUCAUGCAGAUGCUCGUGGUAUUAUGCAGUUGAUAUCUCAUUGUCAACCUAAACAUGUAAUGCUGGUACAUGGAGAAGCAAUUAAGAUGGAUUUCUUAAAAUCAAAAAUUGAACAAGAGUUUGGAUUACCCUGUUCGAAACCUGCUAAUGGAGAGGUUCUACAUAUAAAAACGGAACAACAAUUCAUUGUAGAAGCUUCAAGAGAAUUUCUUAAUCAGUCGUAUUAUUCAGAUGAUCCAAAUGAGCCACUGAUUAAACGUUCUCGAUCUAUUCAGGGUGGAAUUCAAAUUGAGCCUGAUGAAACCCCCAAACUACUUGAUCGUGCUUCAGUUCUGGCUUCUUUAAGUUUGAAAGAGCAUGUAAUGCAAUUUACUUCGACGCAUGUAUUUUCUUCCUCUUCGAAUCUCGCCACGAUUUUAGAUAAAUUUAUGAAACUAUGUUCAAAGUAAGCAAUUUUUCUUUGUCGUGUUUUUGGAAUGUAGUAUCAUGCUUACUUCUGUAUAAGACUGCAGAUUCAUAGUAUUUGCAGUUUCGCAAUAUACUACUACACUAAGUAUAAAUAGCAGUGACCAGUUAAGAACAUCGUUUUCCUGUGUAUAUAUUAGACACUAUGUGAAUUAAAUUGCAUUAUGUUAACAAAAGUGAUUUGAUAUAGUUUUCGUCACUGGUUGUUACCAGCUAGGGAGUCAGUGAAAAGUGUUAAGUACCGGAAUCUUGUUUCUUUCUAGUUUGGGACUCAGUGGUGCUUCAUCACCACAUGACAUGGGACCGAAUUUCAAGACUUUCAAUUCUUACACCAAAGAAUAUAGUUACGAUUACGCCGUAGUUUUUCACUCUAUUCCUCAUUUCGGUUAUGUCCUUAAUUAUAGUACACCAUUUAAUAUUUAUGAUUUGUAUUUUUACUAUAUGGUUUCUCUCUUCUUUUACUUCAUAUUAUUAUCAUUUCAUCGUUUGUGGUACACUACAUAAUGCCCUACUGUACCAAACAAAUGAAACAAGAUAAUAUCAAUUACGUUGUAGUUAACAAAUAAUCAAAUUUGCAAUGAAAAUUAUCUAAGUAAUCCAAGCGUUUUCAAAAGCUCAUUCUACUUAAUGAUUAUUGCAUAUUCAUGUGUAUGGUUCUCUCCGCAAAUAUUGAAGUUAACUUAGUCUAGAGUGAAACAUUUAUUCACGAAUGACAUUGAAUGAGAACUGAACUGUAUCACAAUUCGAUUUGAUUUGAAAAUCCAAACCAAUGAAUUUCAAGUCAAUAGUGUAAGAUUUCCAUACUCUCCUUGAACUCUGAAGGUCCUGAAUCUGUUAAUUUACAUUGUUUAUAUAGUCUUCGACUAGAAAGAAAUAUUUAUUUCAUUGGUCACUGACUUGUCAACAACUUCCUAGCUCUUAUACGUUUAUGAUAAAAAUUAUCAAUGGUAAAAAUAAAGGCCACAAAGUACAAUCAGUUAGAUUGGACCUAUACUCCCUGUAUCGUCUACGAGAGUGAUUUUGUGAAAAGAAAUCUAAAGUGCUCUAAACAAAAAUAUGCAUUAUCCACGUGUUAUUAGAUUGUUUUAUAAUUUUGAUUUCUGUUAUGAAAGAUCAAUAUUGCAUUAUUUGAACGUCGCGCAAAUAAUUUAGACUUUUAUCUGCUUUCAGUUUAUGAAUUCAUUGACUGUUAGACUGAACCGUGUAGGUAGUUGUGGACUACAUGUUUGGGUUCUGGAUGGCUAUCACAACGAAUAAUUAGAGACUUUGAGUGACGUGGCUCAGAAUCGGUCACAAUGGUACAGAUUUAUCUUCCCUUAUAUCCUAAGUUUCCUAAUUAGCUUCAGAAUUUUUCAUCUAACGAAUCUAUAUUUUCCUCUGGAAUCAUACAUUUUAUGACUACUUUUUUCUACUACCACUAACACUGUUACUAAUUACACUACUCUAGCGUCUCACUGCGCUUUGUGGUGUGACAACUUGAAGUGAUGGACAUUUAUGUCGGUUCUACGUUUUGUAUGACUGACUCUUUCAACUUGGACAGAAAUCAAGAUUUUUUUAGAAAUAUAAAUUUAUCUAAUUAAUACAAUAAAUCUAAUCUCAUGUGUUUUGUACGAAAGGUAGUCGUUCUACUUCUGUGUUAUAUUAGCUUAUAUGCACAUUGACUGAAGAAGGAGCAAUAAUCGUAGCAGAAUAAUAUUAAUUGACUUAUUUCGUAAAUCCUGAUUUUUGUAAUAUAAAAUUCAUGAUUUAAACUAAAAUAAAACUUGAUUAGUUUGAGCAAGCUUCGGUUUAAUGAUCUCAGAGUUCAACUACUUGACAAACUACCAAAUGACCUAGUCUAAACCUAUUUUGUAUCAUAACUGAGUGAAUGAUAGUCAUCAUGAAAACGUGAUAAAUUGGACAAAUAACUUUUUGUUUAUAUAAACCCUGAUAACUGUUUCUUCUGUUUAUACUAAGUAUACUAAUGACCUACUCAUAAUUUAUCAUGGAAAAAUUACCCCUGAAGUUUUACAUGUUUUUCGUUGUUUUAUUGAUGGAAAAAUCACAAACAACAUCUUCAUUACCCAUCGAUUCACCAAAAAUAGUACGUAACCAAAUUCUAUUCAACGAUUCAGUGGUUGUGUCAAUUUGUGAUCCUAUGUUAGAUGAAUUCGAUGAUGAAACUCGUGAAAGAUCAACAGCUCUACGUCGUACAGCUAACCUACAAUCAAAGGAAUUCGUAUGUCAUGUAACCUAUAAUUUACAGAAUGAAGCUUUAGGAGAGCAACUUAUCAAAAUGUUUAAAGAACAAAUCGUUAGUGUUUAAGAAGAUCUUGGAAAAUGUUGUACAGUAUACUUCACUAUUAUUAAAUAACUUUUCGUGAAUUACAUCUUUAUCCAAUUAAAAAUAUAUAAACUUC